AUGCAAAAUCAACCAUUCUACGACGCCAUGCUUGGUAUUUCCUCUCAGCAACCUUCUCAGAGAGUGCGAGCCUCAGGAGGCGAUUUUGGCCUCUUGCCAGUCACUCCUGGCGCGUCGAGCAGCACAUUGCAUGAUAUGGAAUUGGCCUAUGGUACCGCAUCUUACCCUGGAUCAGGUCGAAACCAGCGAUACCAAGAUGCUUCGUCGCUCUCGAAUAAUAUGUCUGAAUACGACAUGAUGCACCUUCUGCAAAACGUUCCUCAAAGAACUACGUGCCGGUGCGGAGGAUCAACAAUGUCACCGCAGUAUCCCGUCAAUUCUACGUCGGCGAUGGGACCUUCUCACUACAACUCGUUUAUGCCUCCUAGCAUGGAUGCUGCAGCUAUGGCAGCGACCCAAAGCGAGCGCGUUCACAACGCAUACUACUCCUCAGGCGCCCCGUCGAUUACGAAUAAACCAGGUGCUCAUGACGCCCAGUAUUUCCUACCAGAAUUUACCUCCGUCCAAGACGUACCUUUCGAUGCUAUGGACAACUGGAACGAUAUGAGCGCCGAGCUCAUGGCGUCCAUGAAUCAAUUUAUUCCUCAUGCCGGACUACCAUCCCUCAUGCCGCCCUCCCCAUACUACGAAACAUCCCCCGAUACCUCUCCGUCACCUUCAGACUCCCCCAGAUCAGAUCACGAGUAUUUCAACCGCCUUUACGACUCGUCAGAGCCCUCAUCGUCCCACCGUUCCUCCCCAAAACCCUCUUCAGCCAAACAAUGCUCACAUUGUAGGGCGACGUCAACUCCUCUAUGGCGACGAGAGCCGACCACUCUCAAACCGCUCUGCAACGCUUGUGGGCUAUACCUUCAGCAGAGGAACAAACUACGGCCGCAAGAACUCAUCGACGCAGAUGAUGACGAAGAGGGUCCUGUUGAUCCAUCUGGAGACAUGUCAGGGCCUGAAUGCAGCCAUUGCCAUACUCGGCAGACAUCCGUUUGGAGGAGAAGUAAGACGGGAGCACAGCUCUGUAACGCCUGCGGGGUUUACUCGCGGCUAAGGGGCAAAGAUAGGCCACUGUCCCUGAAGAGAAACAAGAUCAAGCCUCGGUCCAAGCACCCCUCGAAAUGA